AUGGACAGUGCCAAGCAAAAGUCUGGCUCGAGCCGCAAAUCUUCUAGCCAAAGCGGAAAACGGCCCAGACACAGUUCGAGCGGACCGGUGUCGUCUUCAAGCUCCAACCAGCAACAGCAAGUGCCACGCACUUUAGUCCAGCAUCUAGAGUCAAAUCGUUAUUCUCAUUCUACCAAGCACCAGCCACAACUUUCGAAGAACUACGAUACAUCAGAUAGUCGAUCGAGCGUGGUUUCGUGGAAUAGUACAACGGGAAGUGCGAAUGAUGGAUACAGCGGUCGUAACGAUGACUACAGGUUAUCCGAUGUGCAGUACAGUCGCCAAGUGCGCCAAGACCAUGCCAGAAAUCUUCCAGGCCCCGCCCUGCCUUCACAUCAACGAGCUACCCCGAAGAAACAAAUACGUGACUACGAUAAUAAGUUUGGAGGAUAUCAACCCACCACAGUGGCUCCAAAGCAGUAUUCUUACCCUCGAGAUCUCGAGAUCGACUCCUAA